AUCCAACCGCAAUGCAACGACAACUUGGGAUACAAACGGAUGGAUCCUUUCCCUCUCUCGGGCUUGAUCUACUACUUCAGCUAGAAUGGAAUGGGUUACCUUUUCUUCGCCCCACCAUUGCCUUUUAUUUCUUCCGAGUCGUCUCACAGUAGGCAAAGGAGAAAGGGGAAAACACCGCCUGCCUUCUUCUUGUCCUUGCCAUUUCUGGUAUCUUCUUGUGUGGGUUGGUAUGCACACUUCUCUUCAUCUCAGUUUAAAAAAACAAAAAGAGGAGAGAUCAUCAUGGUGAGAGGGAAGAGGGAGAUGAAGCGGAUAGAGAACGCAACGAGCCGGCAGGUGACCUUCUCGAAGCGGAGGAAGGGGCUGCUGAAGAAGGCCUUCGAGCUGUCGGUGCUUUGCGACGUGGAGGUCGCCCUCAUCAUCUUCUCUUCCGGGGGCAAGCUCUACGAGUUCGCCAGCUCCAGUAUGCUAAGUGCAAUCGAGCGCUAUAGAGCACAUUCAAGAGAAGAUAGCAUCAGCACAAAAAUGGAACAAGAUAUCGAGGGAGGGGAAUAUGAGGCAGCAUGGAUAUCAAAGAGGAUUGAACUUAUUGAAGCCUCUAAACAGAAACUGUUGGGCAAAAAUCUAGGGUCAUGUUCGCUCGAUGAACUGCAUGAAUUGGAGGGCAAGCUAGAAGAAAGCUUACACAGUAUAAGAGAAAGGAAGUAUCAUUUGCUACAAGAGCAGAUGGCACAGCUCAAAGAGAAGGAGAGAUCCUUAACCAAGGAGAACGAAUCACUGCGUGAAAAGUAUCUGAAGUGCAAGGGACUGGCUAAAUCUCCAACUGCUACUUUAGGGGAAGGUGUAGCCCACAAUGGAGCUGUUCAACAUAGUGAUGUAGAGACAAAGCUGUGCAUUAGAUGUCCAGGAAGAGGAACAUACAGUUGAUCAGCAACUACAGGCCUGAUUCACUUAUUCCUUUCUCAGCUGAUGUUGUUUUCCUUAUUUCGAAUUCAGGAAGAUUUUAAAGAAAUUAAUCGACUGAAUAACUAAAUUCUGCCAGUUUUAAUGGAAAGAAAUUUAGCC